AUUAGCAGUGAAAGUGAUGAACCAAUUUCUAUAUUCAAUGUGGAAAAUGURAUCAAAAAACAUGAUAAAUGGCAACAAUUACUGCCCAGAGUUAAGCCAUACUAUGCCGUCAAAUGUAAUCCAUUUGUACCGAUGCUCAAGAUUUUGCAUAAGUUUGGUAUUGGGUUUGACUGCGCCAGUCAGCAUGAAAUCAAAACAGUACUAUCCAUUGGUGUUGAACCCGAAUCCAUAAUAUAUGCCAAUACUAACAAAACUCAGACAUCAAUCAUAUACUCACAAAAAGUUGGCGUAGAUUUACUGACUUUUGACGGCAAAGAGGAAAUACAUAAAAUUCAUGACUUAUAUCCCGGAKCUAGACUUUUGUUGAGAAUUAAAGUCGACGACAAACACUCGACACUUAAAUUGGGCCAAAAAUUUGGAGCCGAUUUUGCCGAUUGUCAACAAUUGCUUAAACUGUGUUACGAAUUAGGACUUCAAGUGGUCGGUGUGGCCUUUCAUGUGGGACCACUCUGUCAGUCGGGUCAGACAUAUGUGGAUGCAAUCAAAAGAUGUCGUAAAGUGUUUGAUAUGGCCAUUGAUAUUGGUUUCAAAAUGACAAUUCUGGAUAUUGGCGGUGGAUUUCCGGGAACCGAUAAAUUUUAUUUUAAUAAAUUGGUCACAAAUGUUGCCACUUUUGAAGACAUUGCCGCCGAUAUUAACCGAGCUAUAGAUACCUAUUUUGUUGACAAUAAUACUAUGGAAAUAAUGGCAGAACCGGGCACUUACUUUGCAGAGUCGGCAUUCACUUUACUAACUCGUAUUAUAUCGAAACGUAUGGUCACUGAUGACAACCAUAACCAACAUAUCAUGUAUUAUCUGAAUGACGGCGCCUACGGAUCGUUUGCAAAUGCAAUCAUUGUUAAGAAACAGUAUAAACCAAUACCAGUGCUCACGARUAAACUUAAUAAUAAUAAUACUCAAACUUAUAUGAGCACAUUAUGGGGACCUACCUGUGCCAGUGCUGAUUGUAUUGUAAGAUAUAUAUCUAUGCCCGAGUUGUCUAUUGGCGAUCAUAUAGUGUUUGAAGAUAUGGGCGCCUAUUCACAUAGCUUUUCCAGUCAUGGAUUCAAUGAAAUUACAUAA